AUGCCUUCCCUCUACCGCUCUCUUCUCCUCCUCACCCUCGGCGCAUUGAGCGUCAACGCUGGCGUCGUCCUCCGCAGACAGGACCUCGACCCCGAGUCCUCCGUGUACAAGCUGCUUGCCAGCAACAGCACCAUCUCCCUCCCCGAUCUGUCCGUGCCCCUCGUCAACACGACCACCACCGAUGUCCGUGGCGACGUCCCAGACACCACAGACCUCACAGCCGACGUCCUCUCGUCGGCCUCCUCCUCCCUGACGGCAGAAGAGUUCAUCGAGCCCACGGUGUCCGACGAGGCACUGGUAUUCUCCAUCAGUAGCGUCACCACCUCCGCCGUCACUGCUGCUGACGUUUCCGCGACCAACACGUUCCUCUUUUCCGUGACGCUGCCGGUGUUUUUGGCGGCGAAGGCGGCGGGGGUCCCAACGACGCUCGACUGGACGGAUGAUGGGUGCAGUUACUCGCCGGAUUAUCCUGCUGGGUUUAACUUUCUGAGUUCCUGCAAGAGACACGACUUUGGGUAUCGUAACUUCAAGGCGCAAAGCAGGUUCACGGAGGCGAAUAGGCUGCUCAUUGAUGAUAACUUCAAGAGGGAUCUGUAUAACAUGUGUGGAACGUAUGGCUUGCUCAAGCGGGAGGUCUGCGAGGGCAUUGCGGAUGUGUAUUAUGAGGCGGUGAGGGCGUUCGGCGGGUUGUAG